AUCCAAGUGUGAUCUAUGCUCUCUGCAGCAAUCUAUCACAAGCAACUACGACUCUCCAAUGCUGCUAAGGUAGCUCAAUCUUCUGGUGAGAUAGUGAAUUAUGUAAUUGCUGAUGCAUAUAGAAUUGGUGAGUUUCCAUUUUGGUUUCAUCAGAUAUGGACUACAAGCCUUCAGCUUUGUCUUGCUUUACCUAUAGUUUACUAUGCUGUGGGGCUGGCAACAUUUGCAGCUGUAAUUGCAAUUUUGUUAACAGUGCUUGCAAGUUAUCCAUUGAUUAAGUUGCAGGUUAAGUAUCAACGGAAGGUCAUGGAAGCACAAAGUUGCAGGUUAAAGGCACUUGCGAACAUGAAAGUCUUGAAGUUGUAUGCUUGGGAGACACAUUACAAGAACGUUAUAGAGAAGUUACGGAGUGAAGAAAUUCAGUGGAUAAUAGGGGUUCUCUUACAAAAAACGUAUCAGCUGGUUCUGUUUUGGUCAUCUCCAGUUCUAAUACCAGCUAUUACUUUCUGGACAUGUUAUUUCCUCAAAAUUCCACUUUCUGCUAGUAGUUCGUUUACAUUGCUGGCUAGUUUGCGCAUUGUUCAAGAACCAAUUAGGUUAAUCCCUAAUGUUGUGGGAACCUGGAUUGAGGCAAAAGUUUCAUUCGACCGUAUUGUGAAGUUUCUUGAAGCACCAGAGUUGCAGAAUAGAAAUAUAAAGCAGAAUUGCAGCAGCAAAGAGCUUAAUGAGUCUGUUAUUAUCAGGGCUACGGAAAUAUCAUGGAAUACUGAUUCUGCACAAAGGCUUCAUUAAGGAAUGGCUUCAUUAAGGAAUAUCAAUUUGGUAGUUCGAGAAGGAGAAAAGGUUGCUAUUUGUGGGGAGGUCGGCUCUGGAAAAUCAACCCUUUUGGCUGCAGUGCUUGGAGAAGUUCCAAAAAUUAACGGAACAAUUCGUGUUUAUGGUAAGGUAGCAUAUGUUUCUCAAACUGCAUGGAUUCAGACUGGGACUAUACGAGAAAAUAUUUUGUUUGGAUCUGCAAUGGAUUCAGUAAGAUAUCACGAGGUCCUCGACAAGUGUUCUCUAGUCAAGGACCUCGAUCUAGUCAAGGACCUCGAUAUGCUGCCAUUUGGAGACCUCACUCAAAUUGGAGAAAGAGGUGUUAAUCUGAGUGGCGGACAGAAACAGCGGGUUCAACUUGCACGUGCUCUGUAUCAAAAUGCAGAUGUAUAUCUAUUAGAUGAUCCCUUUAGUGCUGUUGAUGCACAUACAGCAACCAACCUAUUCAGUGAUUAUGUCUUGGAAGCAUUGUUUAGGAAGACAGUGUUACUUGUUACUCAUCAAGUUGAUUUCCUUCCAGCCUUUAAUUCCAUUUUGUUGAUGUCUGCUGGAGAAAUCAUAAGAGCAGAUACUUACAAUCAGCUGCUGGCUUCUAGUCAAGAAUUCCAAGAACUUGUCAAUGCUCAUAAGAACACAGUUGGUUCUGAAAUGCAAGUUGUGCAUGCUUUUGAGAAAAGACAUAUGUCUUCCAGAGGAGAAACACAGAAAAUUGAUGUUAAAGAACAAUUAAUAGAAUCUUUAAACAAUCAAUUGAUUAAGCAAGAAGAAAGAGAAAUAGGAGACAAUGGUUUUAAGCCUUACAAACAGUACUUGAGUCAUGGCAAAGGCUUCCUGUACUUCUCUUUGGGAAUCAUAUUCCAUAUCAUUUUUGUAAUUGGGCAUCUGAUACAAAAUUAUUGGUUGGCUGCCAAUAUCCAGAAUUCUCAUAUGAGCAGAGUUAUUAUGUUUGCAGUUUACACGGUGCUUGGUUGUAUUUUGGCAAUUUUUUUGCUCCUCAGAUCCUUCUCUAUAGUUCUAUUAGGUUAUGGCACAUCGAAGUCUAUGUUCUCUGCAUUGCUGACCUCUCUUUUUCGAGCACCUAUGUCCUUUUAUGACUCAACACCUCUGGGAAGGAUACUCAGCCGAGUGUCAUCUGAUUUAAGUAUAAUUGAUAUUGAAGUGGCUUUUAGACUGGCAAUUGCAGUAGGCGCAGCCAUCAACAGUUACUGCAAUUUUGCUGUCUUGGCUUUUUUUACUUGGCCAGUCAUAUUUGUCAUAAUUCCCAUGGUUUUUUUAAGUAUCCAACUUCAGAAAUACUAUUUUGCUGCUGCAAAAGAGCUGAUGCGAAUCAAUGGCACCAGUAAGUCCUCAGUUGCAAGCCACCUUGCUGAAUCAAUUGCAGGAGGUAUGAUAAUCAGAGCUUUUGGGCAGGAAGAUCGGUUCUUUUCGAAGAAUCCUGACCUGAUUGACAAAAAUGCAAGCUCAUACUUUCACAAUAUUUCUGCAAAUGAGUGGUUUGUCCAACGUCUUGAAAUCCCAUGCGCAAUUGUUCUGUGCUCCACAACUCUUGCCAUGGCUUUACUUCAGUUUGGAACUUCUUCCUCCGGGAUUAUUGGAAUGGAGUUGUCUUAUGGCCUUUCAUUAAACAUCUUCCUCAUCUUCUCUCUCCAAUUCCAGUGCUUGCUAGCAAAUCAAAUUGUCUCUGUAGAAAGGCUGGAGCAGUACAUGCAUAUUCCUAGUGAAGCUCCAUUAGUAAUAGAGAGAAACCGACCAAGCUCUAAUUGGCCUGCUGUUGGUAAAGUGGAAAUAUGUAACUUGAAGGUUAGAUAUCAGCCCAAUGCUGUUUUCAGGGAAUAAGCUGCACCAAUUGAAGGAGGAAGCCAAAUUGGGAUAGUUGGUAGAACUGGAGUGGAAAGGACUACUCUCAUCAGUAGCCUUUUUUUCGGUUCUGGUAGAACCUACAGAAGGAAAAUAGUAGUCGACGGCCUUGACAUCUCCACAAUUGGACUUCAUGGAUUUGAGGUCUCAUUUUUCCAAUUACCACAAGAUCCAACACUUUUUGGCUCUGUCAGAUACAACUUGGACCCCUUAUCGGAGCAUACAGAUCAAGAAUAUGGGAGUGUGUUGGGGUUGUUAAUCCUUGCAUCAGCCAUUCAAAGGAAAAAGGAAGAUGCUCUGGAUUCUCUAGUUGCACAAGAUGGUACUAAUUGGAGCAUGGGACAGCGACAAUUGUUUUGUCUAGGACGUGCAUUAUUAAAGCAGAGCAGAAUACUAGUUCUUGAUGAAGCAACUGCUUCGAUCGAUAACGCGACAGACUCUAUCCUUCAAAAAACCAUAAGAACAGAAUUUACAGACUGCACUGUUAUAACUGUGGCUCACAGAAUACCGACCGUGAUGGACUGCAAUAUGGUGCUUGGCAUUAGUGAUGGGAAAUUGGUGGAGUAUGAUGAGCCACUGAAGCUGGUGAACAAGGAAGGAUCAUUAUUUGGACAGCUUGUGAAGGAAUAUUGGUCUCCAACUGCAAGCAAUUGGAAGUACACAGAUGAUUGAUAAUUGAUCAUUUCACUGCUACUGCAGGC